UUUAAAUUUCAUUUAAAAUCCUUCAAAAAAAUGUACGAAACUAAAUGUAAACAGAAAAUAUGGCUUCAAUGGAGAAAAGACUACAAAAGGAGUUACAAGCUUUGUUAAAAGACCCGCCUAGUGGGGUGAAGGUGGAUGCUCAAAGUAUUUAUAGAAACCUCUCUGAAUGGAUCGUUGAUUUAGAUGGAGCCCCAGGUACUUUAUUUGAAGGGGAGAAGUUUCAACUUGCUUUUAAAUUUGGUUCAAGAUAUCCCUUUGACUCCCCACAGGUGAUGUUCAUUGGAGGAAACAUACCUUUACAUCCACAUGUUUACAGUAAUGGUCAUAUAUGUCUGUCCAUACUGACAGACGAUUGGUCCCCUGCUCUCUCUGUUCAGUCUGUCUGCUUGAGCGUAGUCAGUAUGCUAUCUAGUUGCAAAGAAAAGAAAAGACCUCCAGAUGACUCCUUUUAUGUAAAAACUUGUAGCAAAAACCCCAAGAAAACAAGAUGGUGGUAUCAUGAUGACACAGUCUGACAGAUAGUUAAUUUGGAAAAAAAACUGCUAAGGCAAUAUAUACAUGUGUGAAUGGAGAGCACCUGAAAAAAAAUCAUAGAAGAAAACUGGUGUAUUUUUUGUAGUUCAGUUACAUUGUCAUAAAUUGUUUAAGUAACUUUUCUCAUGAGAUAUUUUUAUAUAAAGCACUGUUUACUAUAUGUCUGGGUUUUGCAACACACAAUUUUUCAUUUAAAAUAUUUAAGGUAUCUCACUCCUCAAUGUGAUUGUGUCAAGAAUUUAUUGAGAAGUAUAUUAUUGAAAUGUAGAGACAAAACAAUACUCUAAAAAGUACAAAGAAAAAGGGGGGGGGGGAGGGGGUCAGUGUUCAUCCCUCUGUUCAUCCCUCUGAGUUAGGGUGAAUUUGAUUUGACCUUUUUGCACUUAAAAUGCUGGGUUUGCUAUUUUGCAGCCAGUAAUUUUAACUAACCAGAACAAUUCAUCAAAUGUAUUGUUUUUAAUCAUUCACAACAACUCAGAAUAUGUUUCAAACUUACAGUACUACAAGUUUUAAAUUUCUGCAUUCAUAAAGAGGAUAUAUUAAAUGUUUAGCACAAAUAAAUUUUCAAUAUUUGCAUGAUACUGAUCAUGUGUGAGUGAACCUAAUGAUGAGCAGGAUACCUUAAAGGCAAGUUGGGUUUUUUUUGGCAAUCGACAUUCAUUUAUAUUUUAGGAGAAAAAAAUUUACUUGUAGAUGUUGAAUGGGUAUCAUCCGCGCAAUAUAUUCUGUUAAGAUCAAUGAAUGCUGUAUUGUUUCUCCUUAGCUAUGGUUUUUAAAUAGCAUGAUUUUUGAAAUAUUGUCUGAUACAACUUAAUAGUAUAUGUGUUUUUCAGUAUAGUAAGAGCAAAUGUACACUAUCAUACAGUACAGGUAGCUAGUGUUCACAAAGUCUGUUUGCUUCAUUUUACUUUUAAGAAACAAUAAACCUAUUAAGUUAGCUAUAACUGAAGUCUUGUUUUAAGGUAAAUUUAAGGUUGUACAUGUAUGCUUUCAAAUACUGGUACAUUUCAUUUCAAAUUAAAAAUUGCUUUUGUAAAUACUCGUUUAGAUUUUUAGUAAAUACCAGUUAUUUAUUUGUAGGCUCUGGAAAUGCAUCUUGAUCCUUAAUAAUAAGACUUUAGGCAUCAUUUUAAUCAAGGUUUUCCUUCUUUAUAGUGGAAACCAUGUUAGUUUGCUUAUAGUAUAGAGUUCUUUGUGCCAAUUUAAUCUACUUUUCACCCAGGGCUGCCCCGAGAGGGUCAAGUUCUUGAUGCCUGCUAUGAGAUAGUUUCCUGUUCAUAUCAGAGAAAAUUUCUUUGGUUUCUAUCUUCUGUAUUUUUCCCCUGUUGUAGUAUUUACCUUUUUGGGGCACAUAUUGGACCAAUUAAACAUCUAAAGACUUUUGGCAACUAAAUACUAGGAUGUUAUCUAAAAUCCACACAAGUAGUACUAACAAUUUUUUUUUUUAGAACUGUACAAACCCUAUGGUACAUGCACUGUAGUAUGGUUACAUAUUAUUAUAGAAUUAGUACAAUUACAUGUAAUAUCAAGGAAUUUUUUUUAAAUGAUACACGCUGAAAAUCUUUUUUUUCUAUCAAAUACAUGCAUGUUUAUGCAAGGUAACAAGAGGAAUAGUUGUGUUUUUUAUAGUCAUUUAUGACGGGAGUUGCAACAGCAAAGUCUGAAUUCAUGUACUGUCAUACACUCGUUUAUGUACCAUAUCUGUAUUAUUAAAUGCUUUAUUUAAGGCAUUUUUCUUUGUUUUUUCACAUUUUCAUUUUAAUACAACCAUUCAGUCAGUUGCUAAAUAUUUGAAUGCCCUAAAUAAGAUGGAAUCUCCUAUGUCCAUAUGCUGUGUUACAGUAGUUUUGUAGUUAUUGUAGCAUGACAAGGUUUGUCAUAAAUAGGUAUACAUCCCAAGAAUGGUUAGAUUUGCUUGUUAUGAAGAUUAUUUACUUCAAUUGCUGUCGGUUUUUCUUUUUGUUUUUUUUUAACAUGAUAUGUUGAUAUGAUAUAUGAGAAGCAUGUUAAGUAAAUUGGUUUUGCUAUAUUUAAAUUCAUUCGACAAAAAUGCUAUACUGAAAGUUUUAUUUAUAUAAAGUUAUUCAAAAUUUAUAUACUAAAGUAAAAUCAUGUCCUUUUAUUAAAGUGAAGUUCUACAACCUCCCUUUUAAUCCCAGUUUGGUACUGUUAAACAAUAUUGUUGCAUCAAGUACCGAUACGAUUUUAGUUGUUAACGUUAUUUGUUCUUUACAUUUCCUGGGAUUUGUUCAAUGUAUAAAUUUUAAUGAAUAAAAAUGUCUUUCAUCACUUUA